AUGGCUGAAGCCAUGGAGGCGAAAGAUGGUCAAACUAGCAGCCAGCAUGCGACUUAUCGGCCUGGCCCAACACCUGGACUGCGGUCGUGUAUUCGAGGUCAUAACGGAGCGACAGGUGCAAAGCACAAAAAUGCUUUUCAAUUCUCCCAGCCGGCGCUAGUCACGCAAGCAGUGACCGGGUUCUCCAGCGAGAUCAGGCGGGCGAUGAGCUCGAUUCAAACGCCACAACUUGCGACUCGGCCGCGUCUACUGAGACCGGCGACAAAUCACCUGUUUCGUGGCUUUUUGAACGCGGAAGAGGUGGCGAGCGGAAAAGAUGACAUGCGCGAGCGCCGCGCGAGCUUGCAUGCUUUCGAGGUGCUCGCGACGAAGGGUCUGCAUGGCAUGAAGAAGUAUGGGCUGAAGGCGGUGAAGAUGGCGGAGAAGAGGAAGUAG